AGAGAUUAUCAGCACUGUCGCGACAUACGUCCUAUCAAUUAAAAGUUCUAGAUUAACUGAAUAAGGAUUGAAUUAACUGAAUCGCUAAUAAAAAAAUGCAGAAAGAUCAGGCGGAAACACCAAAACUGAAACGACUUAGGAGGGUACAAAAGACUUCUACACCAGAAUCAGUAAAAAAGAAUACAGUGGAUCACAUAACAAAUGUUCGUGCAGGUAGUUCACACCAUAGGGCAACAAUGGCCCCAUCUGAUUUUGCUUCGCAACAGAGUUUCCCAAAAAAGAAAAUUGCAUUGGAUCGUACCUCGAUAUCCUCUAUGCAAUCAAUGGCAGAUGGAACAAAAAUAAUGGAUUCAGAAUGCAACGACAUGGAGUUGAAACUCCUUUACGAUCAGUAUUUACAAAAGAUUAUGACAGAAAUAAUUCUAAAAAAGAAAACAGAAGAAAAGGAGAAAUUGUUUUUAUCUCAGCUGGCCACGAUAGCCAAGGAAUAUGAUCACAACGAAGAGAAAUUGUUUAAAUUAAAAACUAGAGAAAGAGAUAUAAUAAAUUUAACCAAGAUACAAAAUGAAAUUGAUUCUCAAAUUCUAGAUGUGAAUAAUUGCACUAGAGGAGAAGAGAAUAAACUAUUAGAGAAAAUUCUAUCGCAGUUACAUAAUCUUCUAAAACCUCUGGAUAUACUUCGUUGCGAUAAUAUAGUUCUUCCUGAGACACCCGAGGAGUGGGAAGAAACAAAACAAGCCUUGAAAUCGUGUUCAGAGAGUUUAAAGUCUAUCGUAGAUUUAAUUGGAACAAAAAUUGAAUCAUAUCAAAGCGUUAAUGAGGGGAUUAAGCAGUUUGUGCGUACUUUAAAUAAUAUUAAAGAUCAUCAAAGAAGAUUAGAAAAAGAACUUUACGAGUUGCAAGCUCUUACAUUGAAAUCUGCAUCCUUGACCUUAAUGUAGAGCCAAAAUUGAUAGGUACUAAAUCAUACGUAAUGCUGCGAUAUUAGAUCAUUUAAAAUAUUUCAUAUAUUUGAGAAUUACUUGUAAUAUUUAUAAGAUUUAUAAGAGAAGGGUUGCUAAUUAUCACGAUUAUAUAUUUACAAUAUGGAUUAAAUCAGAAUUCUAUUUAAAUUUUGGAUAUUAUUUUUAUAUGCAAAGAAAAUAAAAAUAUUCAUCAAUUUU